AUGGUUAGUGUAGAAUGCCAAACAGAUAUCAGUGGCGAUGACUUGGAUGCGUUGCAGAAAGAAGUUGAAAGCAUGAAGAAUGAUUUGAAUGAUAUGCGGAGUAAAGCCCUUGAGAGUGCAUUCAGUAAACAGUCAUUUGAAGCAAGUCCAGAUAAGACCAAAUUUUACACUGGUCUCCCCAACUAUCUUGUACUCAUGCAGGUGUUUGGUUUGUGUGAGCCAUUUAUAAGCACUACAUCGCAAUCUGCCUUGAACAAGUUCGAACAGUUUAUUUUAGUUCUUUUACGGUUACGACUCAACUUACCACUCAAAGAUUUAGGGUAUCGCUUCAAUGUUUCAUUGUCAACCGUCUCCAGGAUUUGGCACAAAGUGAUAACUGUAAUGCACCAAAGAGUGAAAUUCUUGAUUGACUGGCCACAGAGAGAGUUUCUUCAAGCAACAAUGCCAAUGGACUUUCGAAAUGCAUUUGGGAGUAAGGUUGUCGUUAUAAUCGACUGUUUUGAAGUUUACAUUGAACGACCAUCAAAUCUUCUGGCACGUGCACAGACAUGGUCUAAUUACAAACACCACAAUACAGUCAAAUUCCUAAUUGGUAUUUCUCCACAAGGACUGGUUUCCUAUAUUUCAUCUGCUUGGGGUGGAAGAGCUAGUGAUAAACGAAUCACAGAGGAGAGUGGUAUGCUGAAAAAGUUGCUUCCUGAUGAUGUUGUUUUGGCUGAUCGUGGUUUCGAUAUUGAUGACAGUGUUGGAUUUUCUUGUGCAUCAUUAAAAAUACCAGCAUUCACGAAAGGGAAACCACAGUUAUCACCAAUUGAGGUUGAAGAAUCAAGGAAAGUAGCUAGUGUAAGGAUCCAUGUUGAACGUGUCACUGGGUUGGUCAGACAAAAAUACCAGAUCUUACAAAGUAGAGCAAUGCCAAUUGAACAUAUGGCUGUGAAGGAUGGGGAUUCUCUAGCUGUUAUUGAUAAAAUCGCUGUUAUUUGCUGUGCCCUUUCCAAUUUAUCGGAAUCUGUUGUCCCAUUGGAGUAA